AUGGCGGACAGUGGUGAAUACACAUUCGACUUUAUCAAUGAGCGAAAGCUAAAUGUUGCUACCAACUCCGAGGAGAUCGGUCACGAUCCGAUGGCGUGGUUUCAGGUUCUUAAACUCUUGGUUUCCCAGCUGCAAGCUGACUCAUGUUGUAUACAAAUUAACCAAUCUUAUAGGGCGCAGACGUCGUUUGGAUGUUAAUUUGUACUAUUCUGGUGAUGCUCAUGCCGGCUGGAAUAGGUUUUUUUCAUUCGGGGAUAUCAAAGCGGAGAUCUGCCAUGUCCAUGAUCUGGAUAUCGUUUCUGGCAAUGUCUGUGGUAGGAAUACAGGUAAGUUGACGACUUCAAUUACAGUCUGGGUUGGUUCGGCGAAGUCACACUAAUGUAACCCCGAUAAUACUAGUGGUAUCUUGUAGGUUACGGUAUAGCUUUUGGACGUUCAGACAACCCACUCUGGGGUAGUAUUGAGGGAAUUGCUCUGAAUAAGGUCCUUACCAGACCAGUCGGGAACCAGAAAGGGCCCCCUAUCCCAGAAUUACUUUUUGCUCUAUAUCAUGGGGCAUUCGCCUCUUUUACGUUGGUGACCACUUGGGGACGCAUUCCAUGCUCUUUGGCUCCUGCUGACUUUUAUUUAGCGCUUCAUUGGUAGGUGGAGCUGUCGUACAAAAGUUCCGAAUAGGACAUUUUUUGGUCUUUAUCUUCAUCUGGGCUACCUUUGUCUAUGCACCUAUUGCACAUUGGACAUGGAGUCCGUCAGGCUGGUCCAAUAAACUGGGUGCACUGGACUAUGCUGGUGGGACCGCAGUCCAUAUGAGUGGAGCAUUCAGUGCUGGGGUGUACUCGGUAUUUUUUAGAUGGAGAUACCGAUUCAAUAAGUGGGUCUUGGUUACUAGGCAAGGGACCGUGGGGCGGAAUCGCCAAAGUGAGCCUGAGGAAGGUCACGAACCGGAAACUCACAAGGAAUUGCGUGGCCCUAACGUUAUACCUGCCCCGAGUGGAGUGGAAUUCCCUGAAAGAGCCACCGCUUUCCCCCCAGACGAUGAAAACCCAGACAAUGUUUUCCACGUCCUGCUUGGGACGACCUUGCUCUGGAUAGGGUGGAUGGGCUUCAACGGAGGCUCGACAUUAGGAGUCAACUUGAGAACAGUGUCCGCUCUUAUUUCCACUAACCUUUCUGCAUGCUCAGGCGGACUGACGUGGUGUUUUUGGGAAUACUUUUUCUCCAAAUACAACCCCGAGCGUGAGCCCCAAGGAUGCUCGGGACAGAAAUUCUUACCAAGAAGACUAUCAAUUCUUGCCUUUUGUAAUGGUGUCAUCUCUGGUCUUAUCACAAUUACACCAGCUGCUGGUUACGUAUGAUAAACUUAUUUUCGUCCUCUGUCGUUCACAGCCUUUAUACUGACGGAGAUUUUUAGGUACCAUUGCAUACUGCUAUAUUUUUCGGGGUUGCGGGAGCAGUUUUCUCGAACAUUGCCAAUGCAUUUAGCAGAUAUAUAGAUGACUUGAACGAUAUAUUUGCAAUCCACGGGGUCUCAGGUUUCGUUGGGAUGUUCCUAACCGGUGUGUUCGCACGGUAGGUUGGGCUGAGCGUACAUACCGAUGACGUGAUCUAAUAGAACAGCAGGGCCGAUAUUGCUCACCUCGACGGAUAUACAACUAUCCCAGGCGGUGGUCUAAAUGGAAACGGGAAACAGAUCGGGUACGAUUUAUUUUCCUAGAACCUUAUGAUACUGCUAACAUGAAGCCUGCACAGGUGGCAGCUUUUGGAUGCCGUUGCAGGGGGGGGUUAUGCCGCUGUUGGUACACUCGUUAUCCUGAUUUUUAUGGAGGCGGUUCGAUACAUUGCUACUCUUAGAAUAAAACCGGUGGCAGCCAUUUUUGAUGAGGACCAGAUAGUGGAACGCGAGCUGCCGGAUGUACUCGUACAUGGCCAAACCUAGGUGGGGGGAGGGUUUACGAUAUUACCAACAUUAAUGUGCCCUUGGCGGUUGUGCUUUCCUAUCAUUUUUUUUUCAACGGGAUCUGUUACAGGUUUCUAUAGUAAGUUAUCCGGUUCAGGGGGGUGCAUAUUCGGCAUCUGGGAGUCAAAUAUUGUUUCUUGAACUGGGAGAAUGCGAAAAUGUCAUAUUUUCACUAUCCAACUCUGGUACAAGUAUGAAUGGUGUUACGUUAAUAACGCUAGGGCCUUUUUUUUGUAAUCAUGCAGGCCUAGAUAUGAGUACCGUACGGUAGCACUUGCACGAGUACUUGCAGAAUGAAGAAGAAAAAGUAAAGGAU